AUGCGCUUUCUCCGACCAUCCCGUUUACCUCAAUCCCCUCUCCAUCUCUAUCAAUUCCACCUCCAUCUUCAUCUCCGCCUUUCAAGACUCUCCUCUACUUCCACCAUGGACCACCCCAAGCACCCCACCGGGGACGCCGACACCAAACGGCCCAAGAAACUAAUCUUCGCCCCAGGAGAUAUCGCCACGCCCGACAACGAUAAUAAACCCUCACCCCCAAGCACGCCCGACGUGCCCCCCUCCGCCGCCACACGCCUCGUCGCCGAAUCCCUGCGCUCGGAAACCAGCACCCCCAACUCCGUCCAGGAAAAACAGAUCGUCUCGCAUCCGGCCCGCGCGCACCAGUUCGUCAGUAACCCACCGCUCACCGUCUCGCAGAUGCACCCGACCAACCCGCUGCAUCAGUUCAACACCUGGUUCCGCGAUUCCCGGCUACCUGCAUCCUCGGCGCCAGAGACGUGUACCCUGGCCACGGCGUCGUUGCCAGAGGGCCGUGUCAGCGCGCGGAUCGUGUAUCUAAAGGAACUGGAUGAGCGGGGCUGGGUGGUGUAUAGUAACUGGGGAAGUCGGGAGGGGAAGGGAGGGCAGGUAUUCGGCACUACGAACGAGGCGGACGGAGCGGACGGGGACGUAUUACGCGCAAUGCCCGAGCCCUCGCCCGAGCUCAACCUCCAAGAAGAGUUACAACUCGACCAAGUCGGCAACAAAUGGGCCGCAUUGACGUUCUGCUGGUCGACGCUGGAACGCCAAGUCCGGAUCGAAGGGCUCGUCGAGCCACUCAGCCGCUCCGAAAGCGAACUAUACUGGCGCACGCGCGAACGAGGCAGCCAGAUCGGCGCCUGGGCCAGCUGGCAGAGUAAAGUGCUCUGGGAGACGGAGCCGCAUCUGCUGAUCGACCGGCGGCGGAAGAGCCUGGCGGCCGACGAGGUGACGGGCGUGGUGCCGGCGAUCCCCGGGGAUGUGAACGAGACGGAUAUCGAUGAUGGACGGGCGUUGUUGGAGCGUCGUGUGCAGGAGAUGGAGAAGCGGUUUGCCGAUACGAAGGAGAUUCCGCUGCCGCCGUUCUGGGGCGGGGUGAGGAUUGUUCCCGAGUCGGUGGAGUUUUGGCAGGGGAGACGCAGUCGGUUGCAUGAUCGGUUUCGAUAUGUGAGGGUGCAUGAGAAUGGGGCGGGAGGUAGAGAGAAGGAGACGUAUAGAUGGCGGAUUCAGCGAUUGUCGCCGUAG